AUGCCUUUGAUAAAUCCUUUCAAUUUGCUCAAGCAAUGGUUCAAAGGACCAUCCAAAAGUCUGGAUCACGAAGAAACAUUCAACCCAAGAGUACAUCUUAACUAUACCCCACCUCUGAAGAAGUUCACAAUGGAUGAUCUCCUCUUGAACCCAAGCCCAACCGCCUCGCCCAUUGCAGGAACAGUCCCAUUUCCACUGUUGUCAGCUGAAGGCGUAAGAGCUUAUCGAAGAGCCUUAUUCCAAAGGAACGUUGUCGAAAAAUGCGCUACCUCACCCUUCCCUGGAACUUUGGUCCUACGAGAUGCGGCUAAGCAUUCAAAGUUUGUCCAUGACCUUUGGACACACCCCGAAACAUUGAAAAUCGUAUCCGAAGCAGUCGGUGUACCUUUAGAGGUGGUGAUGCCGACGGAAAUAGCACACACCAACAUUCAAGUGCAAGGCAAUACCAUAUCGGAAAUGUCCCGCAAUCUGAGGAUCGAACCAACGUUAGAAAAGGUUGAGUUGACUCCCGAAGAACAAGCUUACGACCCACUGAAAGACGCCAGUGCUAUAAUACCAUGGCAUUAUGACUCAUAUCCUUAUGUUUGCGUAUUGAUGCUGAGCGAAACAGAGGGUAUGAUCGGAGGCGAGACAUACAUCAAAAAGGGGAAUGGGGAGGCACAAAAGGUGGAAGGCCCCCAGAUGGGCCAUGCAGUGAUGCUCCAAGGCGGCGAAGUCUGCCAUCUAGCAGCUCGGGCGAAAGGUGUCAAAGAGCGCAUAUCAACCAUCACUUCCUACCGGGCUAAGAUGCCCAAUGUCUAUGAUUCCAGUUAUAUUACCAAUGUUCGGCCUUACGCGGAUACCAACACACUCUAUCCUGAAUGGACACAAUACCGGCUCCGAAAAUUGAGAGAUGAGCUUACCCAUUAUCUCGACAGAAUGGAGAGAAAGGACGAUCCUUCGCGCACUACAGAGGACAUAAACGACCUUAUAGAGCGGCAAAUUGAUUAUUUGCGGCGAACGUCCCGACAAAUGGUUGACCCUGAGUAUACACAACAAAUACUGCAGAAGUAUGGUAGGGUAGCAUACUAUGAUGCGCCUCGGAUCUGGGAGACUAUUCAGUCUCUACCGGAAUUUGAGAGACUUGCCUCAGCCGCAGAUCAGGAGCGAUGUUGGCAGCCAAACAGUCCUUAUUGGAUGGACCUUCAGAGAUCUAUUGAGACAUGGAGCCAAGGGAAAUCUCUCCAGAGUACGAUGGGAACUACAGCAUGGAUGAGAAUGGAAAGUUACCACAUGGGGGAUGAACUUCUGCGACAAGGACUCAAUGAGGUGUUUCUGGAUUGGCUCGGAUGUGCAGGUAUUUCGGAGCUUUAUCGCAAAAUGUGA